GAGAGAGAGAGAGAGAGAGAGAGAGACUCUUUCACGCACAGUGCGCGCCUGUACGAGAGGACGAGAGAUGCACGAGAGAGGAGGACGCUGCGAAAGCUGGCAAACGUAACCCAAUAGUGCAGCGAGAGCAGUGGGAUGCCUCUAGUUACCAACAGCUAAAUCAAUCCAAAAAAUUUAGCAGAGUCAUACAACUUUAACCGGAACAGUACUUUUAUUCCGUCGGACAUUUGCGCGCUUUGGCUGCGGAGGUGACAGGCAGGGUGUCAUGGACCCUCUGCUGCCCGCAGACACGGAUCUGAUGGACCGAGAGGCGGAUAAGGAUGCGAGAAGGAAGAUCCAAUUCUCGGUGCCCUCCGCAGUGGCCACCCAGCUGGACCCACGACAGGUGGAGAUGAUACGACGUCGGAGGCCGACACCAGCUACGCUCUUCAGACUGACAGACCCUCCAUCACCAGAGGAGGACAUCGGCCCGCAUCAGUGGGUUUUGGGGGAAAAUGGAGCUUUGAAAGCCAAACUGGUUCACUCGUCGACCUACCAGCCGCCCUCCCUUAAAGCUGUCCAGAGAAUGGCCCUGGCUCACCUGUCCUCCUUAGACAUGUCGUCUGUGGACAAAGAUGAACCCUCUUCUGGGGAGGAAGAGGAGGAACAUGAGAAGGAGAGUGAGCAGACAGCUUCAGUCACAGAUCAAAGAGGAGAAAGCAAACCACUCAGAGGUCAGUGUUCUCCACCUGACAGCUUUACAGGAUGUGCUGAUUUCAGCCAUCACGGUGGAGGUGAAGAGGAGGCCAAAGAAAGAGAGGAAGGAAAGGGGGAAUGAUGACAGAAGAAGACUUACAUGGAGACAGGACUUUAGUGAGGACCAGCCCUGCAUAACACGUAUGGGCCAUGUGUGUGCAUACAUGGGUGUACAUAUGAAUGUGUGUUGUUUGGGUAUGUGGGUGUGUGCAUGCAUGUGACAAAAGAGUUCAGUGUGUGUUUGAGAGACGGGAGGAACAGGCGGGCAUUCAGGAAGGUCAGAUUCUUAAUGAGAAAGUACGAAGGAAAGUUUAUCCUGAGACUUGGAAAGGAAAUCACGUCUCGGUGAGCUGAGGGAAACACGACUGAAUUCUAAUCAGCCAAGGACACUGCACAUAUAAUAACACAGCUGCUAUGAACUGUGGCAUUUUUUCAAGCAAAGGAACUGUCUUUUUGUUUUUAGGGUCUGAAAACUUUUAACAGAGUUCUUCAUUUUGCUCCUUUUGGUUAAUAUGAGUGUGUAGACCUUAAGUCACCUUUAUUCACACCACACAGAGUGUGGGGUGUGUAGUGAUGCAGGUGUUGAAACACACUCAAGAACCUUUACAGGUUCUGCAGACAACUGAAGGAAAGGUUUUCCAGCUGAUAGAAACAUAGCAGAUAGACUAUUUCUGGUAACAUAUAUGCCAUUUUAUGCAUGUUUUACAAACAUGUCCGAUUGACUUUAAUGAUCCGAAUGAAAGCUAUUAGAAGGCCAUGAUGAGGUUAUUUCAAGAAAUACCUUAUUUAGUGUGGCCAGAAAUUGUGCGUUAUGACAGAUAUAUAUAAUACACUUGAUUACAUGGUAUAAUACAGUAUGAUAAAUAUACAGUAUGCAAUAUUGUAUUUUUUUUUCCACUGAGUGAUUAAACUCUUGAAGUUUACUUUCCCCAACUUUGUACUGUGCGUGUUUGCGUGCAAGGGGAAGGAAAUCAAAGGCGAAUGGAUUACAGAUGAAGGAAGCUCGGUCCCAGCAACAGGAAACCAGAUCAAAUCAUAUCAGUCUAAUCAAACUAAUCAUGAUGAUACAGCACAAUUUUCCCGGUUUGAUUUUUAUGAGCAGGCUUUUGUCACAAAGUGACUGGCAAGAAUAACCUGUUGGAGAUGGCAGUUGAUUCAGGUUGGGGACAGAGAGGACCUAUUUUUUAAAAACAGUGCAUAAAGUAUAUACAUAUAUGAUGAGAGUGAAUGUUCAUUCUUGAUCUUGUAUAUAAAAGAUGUUUGUGGUGGUUGCUAAUAAAACUGUAAUAAUUGGA